AUGAGCUGGAAAGAGAUUCGAACCACGGAGGGAAUCACAAGAUUUCUGAGAAAUCAAAAAUGUCCGAUCUCGGAUGUUUGCACGGUCUCUGAAAAAUUGCUCGAGAAUGACGAACCAGUGGCUCUUCCUGACAAAGAGAGGUUUAUUUUCGAAUUGGUCUGUGAUCGGCUGGGACAGACCAAGAACAGAGAGUACAGGACCAGCAGGGAAUUCUGGGAGCUUUUCCAGAAAGUCUGGCUAGCAUUCGAUGCAACAGAGUCACUGAAAUCAACGAGAAUCAAGUGCAUUAAUAGAAUUCGAUUCAAUGAUCUGGUGGUAUCCAUGUUGAGCGACGUGGAAUUUGAGAACGACAUUGAAUUCCUCGUCAUUUUUGUCAACUCGGUGAAUCUAGUGAUGAAUGAACUCCGACUGUCAUUUUCUUCCGACACAAAUGUCGAAAUGGUUGCAAGACUUUUGGACCUUGCGCUCAAGACGAAGCAGGACUCGUGCAUUAAACUAGCUUACCGGCUUUUCAAGAUGGCCAACACCACCACUCUUCACUACAGUAAGAAAAAUGCUGCUUAUUUUUGCGCCGAGUGUCUUCCCAGCCUUUUGUGUCUCAUGAACUCCAAUGAAGCUCAGCUACUGGAAGGCAUGUUGAGAGAGGUGCUACUGCGAAGAGACGCAAUUCCGGACCUGAAGGAGAAUAUUGGAUUUUUCUGCAAUUCAGCAUACGUUAAAAGAAUAGAAGGGUCGUCGGUGGCCGAGCUUUUCCAAAGAAUAGCAGGAAGACUUGCAGUCAGCGAUGUGGAACAAAUUUAUAUGGAGAUUGUUUCAAAGUUUCCGGACGUGAAAGUGGAUUUGCUAAGGAGAAUUGUGGCAAUGAACAAGGUUUUGUCAGCCAGGUUCCUCACGGAUCUAGUUGAGUCCAGUAAUUUGAACCUGGAAAUCCUGCAAUUUGCAAUCAACAAAAAUGUUGAUGUCGGUCUUCACUACUCGAGCAAGAUUUUUGAGCUGGCCAGCACUGGCUUCGACGAACAGAAGUUCCAACUACUCUCUACUCUGCUAGAUGUUUAUGCGAAAGCUCGUGAAAUUGAUGAAUUUUUCGAUCUCUGGCUAAAGAACUGCCACCCGAAAUCUGUUCUAAUCUCCGAUCAGUUUGUGACGCAGGUCUCGCAAGUCAUAGUUGACCUAUCCCAGAAGCAAAUCAUUGCCCUGAUCGGCAAAUAUGUCGAGACUUUUGAAGAUAGCGAGUGGAACGCGGUUCUUCUUUCUGCAAUCGCGAAAUGUCUUCUUUCGAGUGUUACCGGAUCCACUCAUGUGGCCGUCACCAAAACACUACAGCAGACCGUGCAGGAGGCCAAACCGCUUUUUCUCCGAGUCCUGGAUCGCAAGGUAGGUAAUGCCCACUAUUGGAAGCUUGCGACGAUGAUUCUCAUGAUAUACGACGUCGAGCCUGACUUACCAUCCGGCGAGCUUGAUGAGUACUACUUUGCAUAUCUUCGUCUCUGCGAGCGCAAUUUAUCACACCGCAACGAAGCACAAGUGAGCCAAUUUAUCAACCACUAUAUAAAGUCCGACCUCAGCUUCAAGCGUGUGAUUUUCAAACGAUGGUUUGUUCUCAUGAAUGCGAUGCUUGAUAAGCAGCAGCUCAGAACUCUCGUUGAAGAAUAUUUGAGAGUCGAAAGAGAGCCGGUUAAGGUGCUUUCCAAUGGCGUCUUGCACGAGCAGAUCAAUCUCGUGAGAGAAAUAAUCAACUACAUCGUCCAUCAUUUCAGUGAAGAUCCCGAAAAUAUGGCACGGUGCACAGAGCAAAUUCCAGUUUACUGUUACUCGCGCGCUCAGAGAGAACAUGCUUUGGAUGCACUGGUUUCUGUGCCAUCUGAAGCCUCCUUGGCUUCGAUACUGAUGCUUUUGAGCCAGCCCACUUUGAGAUCCAAGCUGGAGUCCAACCUCGACGUUCUGAUUACGUUUGUGGACUUGUCCGACGACCAUAGGCGGAUGGAUAUAGCGGAGAAGAUUUUUGAUGCUCAUCUUCGUCAAGGGUCUUCAUUUGUAUGCGACGCCGAAAAGGAACUUCAGAGCAAGAGUCUCAAAACGGCGCUGUGUCUGCUGAGAGCAGAGCGCAAAGUGGGGAAACUAAACGCUCAGCUGUUUGAGGCCACAGUCAAGAGGUGUGUCGACAGUCUUUCAACAGACACUCGAUCUUUGGACUUUUUGGUGGAGCUGAAAAGCUGGAACAGGGAAGCGGACCCGUCUAUCAAACCAGUCAUCAGGGAGCUGGGCGCCAACUGUGACGAAGUAACCUCAGCAAAGCUUUUCUCGCUGGUGUGCCAGCUGAAAAAUACCUACAGCCCAGCCUACGUGCUUGCCCUGUACAUGAAUCUGAAGGACUCGAGUGAAGUGAUCGAUUCACUAAGAACAUACUUACGAGAGCUUGGUUUCGAGCAGAUUUCUGCUCUGUGGAUGUGGGCUUUGGAGAGCGACGAGCUUUGCAGCAAACUGUGCUCCCUGAUAGGCCUAUUCUUGCAGAUACAGACCUCUGGAAAUCAGUACGCCCAGAGACUGGCGAUAGCUUCGGUUUCUAAGCUCCUGGAUUUGCAGCUUUCCACGAAAGACAUGCUGUAUGUGGCACAGGUUCUCAAACAGGUAUUGAGUUCUUCGCACUGGAUGCUGACACAGUACACCGUGGAGCUCAUCAUCACUUUCGUCAACCGAGUCACGAAACAACUCCUGGAUUUCGAGGGAUCUCCAGACGACAGACAAGCUCUCUUUGCUCAGAACUGUCAAUUAUUAUCGAAUGUCCUGCUCUUCCAACGGUUUAGAUUUUCAAACAGACAGCACUUGAUAACGCUGUCUUUCAUCCCAUUGAUGGAGUGCCUUUUCAAGCUGAAAAUGGAUGCGUCUGCUGGACUGGCAUACCAGCGUCUCGUUGGAAACCUGUGCGAAAUCUCGGCCUCUUCGGUGACUAAUGCUGAAACCGAGUCAUCUCUCACGAGUGCCGUCUCAUAUAUGAAAUUCCAGCUGCGAAAGUUUGCUUCCUUGUUGAUCAUGAACUAUGUCAAGUUCUACCUCAUUUAUAGACUAGAUCCUGCUACCAAGGAAGCACUGGAGGGCAGCAUGUUUGUGAUUUUCGAUCUCUUGACAAUUAACGAACUGAACUACAUCAACCUGAGUCUUGAUUCGCAAGCGAGAGUGGUUUACAAAACUCUCUUUGACGACUACAAGAAGUUUGGUAAAUGGAGAGAGGAGUGA